ACACUAGCACCCACACGAUAAUCACUCUUUGUACUAUAAACAUAGUCUUAUCUGUAGUCGGAAAACUUCUCGAUCGAAAUAAAAAUAUCUUCGCGUCGUUGUCGUUCCGUCCUUCUAGGGUUUACUCAAAGCUCUUUCCUGCUUCCAGUAAAUCAUGAGUCACCAUCCAGAAGUGAAGUGGGCAGAGAGAGAGGAUAAGGUUUACUUAACCGUGCUAUUGCCUGAUGCUAAGGAUGCAAAUGUUAAGCUUGACCCGGAAGGUGUUUUUGAUUUCUCUGCCAAAGCUGGACCAGAGAACCAGCUUUAUGAGCUUAAGCUUGAGCUUAAUGACAAGGUCAAUGUAGAGGAAAGCAAAAUCAACAUUGGGUUAAGAAGCAUAUUCUGCAUCGUGGAGAAAGCAGAGCCGAAAUGGUGGAGUAAGCUAUUGCGUGGAGGGAAGCCUCCUCAUUAUGUUAAAGUUGAUUGGGACAAGUGGGUAGAUGAGGAUGAAGAUCCCGCCACUGGUCCUGGAGAUAUGGAUAUGGGCGGAAUGGGUGGCAUGGGCGGGAUGGAUUUCUCGAACUUUGGUGGAAUGGGAGGUAUGGGUGGGAUGGGCGGUAUGGGAGGUCUCGAGGGGCUUGGUGGAAUGGCCGGGCUUGAAGGUCUCGGUGGAAUGGGCGGUAUGGGAGGGCUUGGUGGGAUGGGUGGUAUGGAAGAAUUUGAAGAUAGUGAUGAUGAAGGAGAAGAAGUCAAGUCUGGAGAGAAAAAGGAGGAAGCUCAAGCUCCUGCAUCAGAGGAAACGAAAACCGAAGAGCAGACAACUGUUAAGAGUGACAAAUGAAGACACUAUCCUUAAACCUUAUGGUAUGGCUGACCAAGAGUUGUUUAUGCGUUUAUGAAAACUGCUGAUUGGUUUGCUCUUUUAAAUCUUUUUUUCCCUCUGCUUUUUACUUCCUGGAUUGUUGUAUUCCCGAUUCGGGUCUUAUAUGGUUUGCUCUUUUUUAUUUUAUCGUUGUUGUUUGUU